UCUCUCUCAGUGGCUGAGAGCGACGCCGCGGACAUCGUCUUCCUGGUGGACAGCUCCGACGGCGUCAGGCCCGACGGCACGGCCCACGUCCGAGACUUCGUGAGCAGGAUCGUGCAGAGACUCGACAUCGGGCCCAACAGAGUGAGGAUCGGGCUGGUGCAGUUCAGCAACGAUGUCUUCCCGGAGUUCUACCUGAAGACCUACAGGUCCCAGGCCCCCGUGCUGGACGCCAUCCGGCGCCUGCGGUUCAAGGGGGGCUCCCCGCUGAACACCGGCAAAGCCUUGGAGUUCGUGGCGAGAAACCUGUUCGUGAAGUCGGCCGGGAGCCGGAUCGAGGACGGGGUGCCCCAGCACCUGGUGCUGGUCCUGGGCGGGAAGUCCCAAGAUGACGUUUCCAGGUUCGCGCAGGUGAUGCGCUCCUCGGGCAUCGUGAGUUUAGGGGUCGGAGACCGGAACGUCGACAGAGCCGAGCUGCAGGCCAUCACCAACAACCCCAGGCUGGUCUUCACGGUGCGAGAGUUCAGGGAGCUUCCCAGCUUGGACCAGAGGGUCAUGAGCGCCUUUGAGCCCUCCGCAGCCACGCCCGCCCCUCCGGGCCCGGCGCCUCCUCCGCGGCCAGAGAAGAAGAAAGCGGACAUCGUGUUCCUGCUGGAUGGGUCCAUCAAUUUCAGGAGGGACAGUUUCCAAGAAGUGCUCCGCUUCGCGUCUGAAAUCGUGGACACGCUUUACGAGGACGGCGACUCCAUCCAGGUGGGGGUGGUCCAGUACAACUCCGACCCCACAGACGAGUUCUUCCUGAAGGACUUCUCCACCAAGAGGCAGAUCAUCGACGCCAUCAACAAAGUGGUCUACAAGGGGGGCAGACACGCCAACACCCGGGUCGGCCUCGAGCACCUGCGGCUCAACCACUUCGUGCCCGAGGCCGGCAGCCGCCUGGACCAGCGCGUCCCACAGAUAGCCUUCGUGGUCACGGGAGGGAAGUCAGCGGAGGACGCGCAGGAAGUGAGCCUGGCGCUCACCCAGAGAGGGGUCAAGGUGUUCGCGGUGGGCGUGAGGAACAUCGACUCGGAGGAGGUUGGGAAGAUAGCGUCCAACAGUGCCACCGCCUUCCGGGUGGGCAACGUCCAGGAGCUGUCGGAGCUGAGCGAGCAGGUCUUGGAAACUCUGCACGACGCAAUGCAUGAGACCUUGUGCCCGGGCGUGUCCGACAUUUCCAAAGCUUGUAACCUGGAUGUGAUCCUGGGGUUCGACGGUUCGAGGGACCAGAACGUAUUUGUGGCCCAGAAGGGCCUGGAGUCCAAGCUGGAGGCCGUGCUGCACAGGAUCAGCCAGAUGCAGAGGAUCAGCUGCAGCGGCAACCAGAUGCCCACGGUGCGCGUGUCGGUGGCGGCCAACACCCCCUCGGGGCCCGUGGAGGCCUUCGACUUCGGCCAGUACCAACCGGAGAUGCUGGAGAAGCUCCAGGGCCUGCGCAGCCAGCACCCCUACGUGCUCACGGCGGACACGCUGAAGAUGUACCAGAGCAAGUUCAGGCAGUCCUCGCCCAGCAGCGUGAAGGUGGUCAUUCAUUUUACCGACGGGGUGGACGGAGAUCUGGCAGAUCUACACAGAGCCUCUGAGGACCUGCGACAGGAAGGUGUCCGAGCUCUGAUCCUGGUGGGCCUGGAACGCGUGGCCGACCUGGAGCGGGUGACCCAGCUGGAGUUCGGGCGAGGGUUCAUGUACGACCGGCCUCUGAGGCUCAACCUGCUGGACCUGGAUUACGAGCUGGCAGAGGAGCUCGACAACAUCGCCGAGAAAGCUUGCUGCGGGGUCCCCUGCAAGUGCUCCGGACACAGGGGCGACCGUGGGCCCCUCGGCAGCAUCGGGCCAAAGGGCAUCCCCGGAGAGGACGGCUACCGCGGCUACCCUGGUGAUGAGGGUGGACCUGGCGAGCGAGGUCCGCCUGGCGUGAACGGCACUCAGGGCUUCCAGGGCUGCCCGGGCCAGAGAGGAGUAAAGGGCUCUCGAGGAUUCCCAGGAGAGAAGGGUGAAAUAGGAGAGAUCGGGCUGGACGGUCUCAACGGCGAGGAGGGAGACAAAGGAUUGCCCGGCUCUUCUGGAGAGAAAGGGAACCCUGGAAGAAGGGGUGAUAAAGGCCCCAAAGGGGACAAAGGAGAAAGAGGGGACGUUGGCAUUCGCGGUGACCCGGGUGAGUCAGGACGGGACAGCCAGCAGAGAGGACCCAAGGGAGAAACCGGUGACAUCGGCCCCAUGGGUCUCCCAGGGAGAGACGGAGUAUCUGGAAGUCCUGGAGAAAACGGGAGGAAUGGCGGCUUUGGCCGACGGGGCCCCGCAGGAGCUAAGGGCAACAAGGGCAAUCCAGGCCAGCCCGGCUUCGAGGGGGAGCAGGGGACCCGAGGCGCCCAGGGCCCAGCUGGUCCCACGGGUCCUCCAGGCUUGAUAGGAGAACAAGGCAUUCCUGGAGCUCGGGUGAGCCUGUCCUCAUUCCACCCCGCCCCGCUGCUAAGCAGAGUGCAGGUGGCCAAGCAGGCCGGGAGCUUCUUGGGUGCUGCUGCUGCAGGCAGACUGCCCUCUAGCCCCCCUCUUUGGCAACCAGACCCCCCAUCCAGCCUCAGCCCUCCCACUGGCUGGCUACUUCACCCCAAGGAAGCAAGAGUCCCCUUUCCUUGGUGUUCCAGGGGCUUCUAAUGCCUAAUAUAGUCCUUUCAAAAUAGGCUCCAGGGUGGUAAGCAAGGGAACAUUUGCCUCAUUUCAGAAGUCUCAGGAAGGAAUUGCAUAAAAAUCUAAAUCUACUAAAAUUCUUAGAUUGUGCCGAGUGUUUCAUGCUUGGCUCCUGUGGUUCAGUAUUUUGUAUAAGGAAUUGCUCAAGUUUUAUCUUCAAGUUCAGCACAGAAGGUGUGCUGUGGCCACAGACGUUUGCAUAGAUUGUAGCUAUCAGCAACGAUCAGCAGAAGCACCUUGCUGUUGCUGGGCUGGGGUCAGGUGCCGAGGAGCUACGUACAGAUAACCGGCUUUCGCAUCUGAGAUGACAUGUAGGGAGACGUCCUCUCAUUUGUUACAGAAAAAAUAAUGACGAAUGAACUGGAAACGGGCUGGUCUGUUGCUACAUAAAUGCAAAAACAUUUUUUUACAGUGGAAGCAGGCAGG